GAGAUGAAACAGAUUUAGAGACAGAAAGCAGCCGGUGUUUAAACACAACAGUUCUUCCUCGGCAGCAGCAACAGCAGCAAACACCGCCUCCUCCUCCUCCUCCUCCUCCUUCAUCAUCUUCCCACCAUCCAUCCUCCGCCUCCUCCGCUCCGGUGCUCCUCUCCAUGCCGGCGGAGAUCUCGGUCUCCGCGGGGCUGCCAUGGCGAAGAUCCGGGUGUCGUACGAGUACUCCGAGGCCGAGGACAAGAGCAUCCGGCUGGGCUUGUUCCUGAUCGCCUGCGGGAUCCUCAGCCUCUUCAUCCUCGGCUUCUGCUGGCUCAGCCCGACCCUGCAGAGUCUGCAGAGCAAGCCGGCCAACUGCACGGUGGUGUCGGUGUUGCGCCCCGAGGAGAUGUUCGAGUGCGUGUUCACGUGCGGGACGGACUGUAAGGGGACGUCUCUCUAUCCCUGCCUGCAGAUCUUUGUCAACAACUCGGAGUCCAACUCUGUCGCUCUGCUGCACUUUGACGAGCAGCAGCUGGUCCUCAACCCAAAGUGUUCCUACGUUCCUCCCUGUGAGAGAGACAACCAGAAGAACAAAGACAGCGUCCUGUGGUGGGAGGAUUACUUCACCAAAGAGGUCAGCAGUCAGUCUUUCACCUGCUUCUUCAACCAGCAGAGGAGGCCAGACGACGUUCUGUGGCGGCGUUCCCACGACACCAGCGUCCUGCUCCACUGCGUCCUCUGGCCAAUGGUGUCGCUCCUCCUGGGCACGCUCAUCGUGCUCCUGACGGUGUGCGCGCGCUCUCUGGCCGUCCGAGCCGAGGCCCUCCAGAAGAGGAAGUGCUCGUACGAGGUGUGUCAGGACCUGUCGCUGCCCUCAGAGCGCCUCGCCGACAAGGUCGACGACCUCCUGACCACGAACUCUGAGCCCGAGCCGGAGCUGUCGUCGCCAACAAGGACCCUGCCGCUGUUUGCGGUGCCGGUGAGACGCCGGGAUCGAGAACAUUAAGACGCAAACGUAAAGUCGAUCUUUUAGGAAGCGGAAAAUGGGCGGAGUCAAGUGACUGACAGUCUGGUUUGUACGAGCAGAAACAUUCAAACAGGAGGAGGGGAAUCCAAACUGUUGUCUGUAGAGAAACUUUUCCUCUGAUGUAACUCAUCUGGAUUAACCUCGACUCUCAGACGAUCGGUUUCUGUGACGGACAGUCGAAUGGAUCAAACCCAAAAGAACGACCUUCUCUCUUAACUGUAGCUCCUCCUUCAUGUAGUUCUCCUUGGAGGCCCAGUAGCCAUAACUGUUAAUGAACUCAGAGCCAAAGUGCAGAAAUGUCUUCAGGCGUCUGCUUCUCAGUGCAAUCACUAAAAGAGCCCGACAGCAGAGCACUUGUUUACAUAAGAAAGACACUUUAGAUAUCGUGUCAUGUUUGUUUCUUCCACAUACGUCAUGUUCUUCAAAGCGUCUUUGUUCAUAGAUCAUCUCAGCGUUAAGAUUCAGGUCCUUCCUUUCAACGUCUCACAAUCAAAUCAGAAGUAUCAGAACUCAAAAUGAUCCGCCGCAAAAAAUGGACCUUAAACAGUUCAAAAUCACAACUUUGAACACAGCGGGCGUCUAUCUGUGACUCCUCGUGUCUGGAGGUCGGAGCAGGCCGUGCACCAACGAGGCCGGCGGUGGUUGUGGGGUCGUCACAGUCCAAUGGUGGUGUUUUGGCGUCAGGCGGCGUCAGGUGGUAGUAGUGACAGAUCACCUCGCUGAAGGUCAGGGGGAGCGCCGUCUGCUCGCCCGGCUUCCUGUGUUGAAUGAACUGCAGAUCUCCCUCUGAAGUCGUGCACAGAGGAGACGGCCUGCUGAAGAUUGAAAGUGUUAUUAAUAAGAAAAACGAGUUAAUUUAAAAACCGCAGCAUGGAAAGAAGAAAUGAGGAGCGAGGGGAAUGGAGAUAAAAACAGCCAGCGAGGAUUUCUUUAAUUGGAGGAAAGUAUAUAUAAUGAAUAAUUGAGCUGACUUAUUAUUUAUUGAUGUAUUGAAAUAGACGGUGGAGUCAUCAGAGGCCCAUUAGUGGCUCCUGUUGCUUCUGCGGGUCCACACCGUCUCCCGCUUUAAUGACCUGGAGCUCUUUGAGGUGUUUGCAGACCUAAUGACGGAGGUUAGACUGUAACAAGCACUCUGAAACUUAUCACAGAUCACUCCACAGCUGUCUUAUUGUGAAAAUAAAAACAUCUUAAACAGCGAGAAACUCCCAGAAAUCCAACCACUUUUACCAAGCCGGUUUCAUGACUUCAAACGUCACGUCGAAUAACAUCAUAGCCAACCCGAAACCUUAUUAAGGCCACGUUUACACGACGGCGAUUUCAGCCUUAUAAUCAGUAACCUCAUGUGGCUUUGUGGGGGCUUUGGUACAUUUUGAAAACGGGUUCAGAGUGCAAACUGGAGGCUGGGUUUGACUCCGAUCUGUGGCUCUCCACUCGCUCUCUCCCUCUGAUUUUUGACUCUAUUCACCGUCCUAUCUCUGAAAUGGAGGCAAAGCAGGCCCAAAAAUAAACCGUGAAAAAAAAGUCAUCUUACAUACGUAGCUCUAGACUGAAUCCUUUCAAAUAUUAUUUACAGAGACCCAACAUUCAGGGCCUAACCCCUAACCCAAAUGAGAUCAGGGUCUACCAUACCAAACCGUACCAAUCUGUACUGAACCAAACCGGACCGCAUGGUGGAAAUGGGGCUAGAGACCGAGGAAGUCUUUUAUCACAGUUAGACCAAUAAUGAAACUGUGCAGUCGGAGGAAUCCGUCCUGGUCUCUGGGUGUAAAAACAGACAAACUGAGUAAACUCAGGGGACGAGGCAGAUGACAGCUCUGAGAUAAAAACAACACAUCACUGAGGCCCAGAGGCCUUUCAAACGUCGCCUUCAGCACUAAUGAGGACAAAAUCUAGUCCAUGUGAAUAAAGUAGGGUUCUCUUUUGACCCCAUUUGUUCUCCAGCUACCGUCUAGUUGAAAAUCUGCUUUCUACAGAAAGUCACAUCAACAAUCCUUCACUUGUAAAACUAUCUGCUGCUGCACAUUGGAAAUGUUUUGGUGCACGAGAGUAAUGUUGUAGUCAAGACUUAACUAACCCAGACCAAGACAUACCCGAGACCAGAGUUCUCCGAGACCAAGACAAGACCAAGGCAGGGCGAGACCGAAACAAGACCAAAACCAUAAAUAUCACAGAAACUGCAAAAGGCCGAUAAUCCGGAGUCCGUCCAGUCUGAGACCGACACAAUACCGGGUAAAAAUGCUUUCGAUUCCGAGACGAGGCCAAGACUUUCAAAAAGUGGUCUCUAGACCGGUCUUUCUCGAUUACUACAACACUAAUAAUAAUAUCUAACGAUCUUAUGCCCACAUGAAACUUUAGUCUCAGACUUUCUGCCGCACAUCGAGAAACUACGCACGUUCUUUUUUUCUCCUGACGUUUAAAGGAUUAUUUUUAGAGUUCUGAGGCAACACUUAAAAGAAAAAAGUGUGAUUCCAGUUUUUAAAUACCAACAAAACUCGUAAAGACUAAAUGACUUUUCUCCUUCCAUGCAGCCGUGUUAACAAAAUCACCACAACAUGAUUCAUCUUGGAUCACAGUUUGGUUUUUUGAUCUUCAAGUGUCUCCAAGUUCUUACCGCAUCGUCAUUUCCAACGGUCUAAAAAUUACCUACACGUUGCCUAGCAACAGCCGCGAGGGCCGAGUGAUGUCGCUGCCAAAUGAAAAGCGAAAAAAGAGCCAAACUUGAGCGUGAGCUGCUCCUCUUCUCUGUGAUCUGACUGUUCAUCUUUUCCUCCUCAGGUUCAGCUGUUUGUGUCUAACUCCGGGGUUUUCUGUGUUAGUCUUGAAAGUUGCCGUUCGCUGCUGUAGCACGUUUUGUUUGUGCAGCUCCUCGUUGGAACGUGUGCGUUUGAAUAUUUGUGAGACUCAGAUUUAUAGUGUUGAUGUUUGUUUUGAGGGGGCGUCAUACUCGAGUAGGAGACAGAUUUUCUUUCUUUAUCUGUUAUGAUUAGCACGGUUUGGAUGAAACAAUCAAUGUUUAAAAAACAUCAUGUGCAGAAACUCAAUUUCUUUGUUUUUAACUGCGUGACAUAUAGAGUUACUGCAAAACGUCUUUAAAGGUCACAUAUCCUCCUCCUCUUCAGUGUAAAUAAGUCUCAGAGCUCCUCAAAACAUGUGUGUGA